CUACCUCGGAAUUCUCGGAAUUCAUCUUCCUCUUGCUCCAUCACUACCUCGUUUGCCAUGGCCUCGGCUCGGAGGGCCCUGAAAUCCGGCCUACAGAUUCCAUUCAUCAAGAGAAAUCCCAUCAAGAAUCUGAGCACGGAGCUUUCCAUCCCGACCCAUUUCCGCUGCCCGAUAUCGCUGGAGCUCAUGAAAGACCCGGUGACGGCGCCGACGGGCAUCACCUACGAUCGCCAAAACAUCGAGACGUGGCUCAAGCUCGGGAACCAGACAUGCCCGGUCACAAACCAGGCGCUAAAGAACGAAGAUCUCAUCCCUAACCACUCCUUACGGAGGAUGAUCCAGGAUUGGUGCGUCGCACACCGUUCCUCAGGCGUCGAGAGGAUACCCACGCCGCGGAUCCCCGUGACGCCAGCACAGGUGUCGGAGUUGCUGUCGGAGAUUGCUUCAUCUAGCAGGCACGGGGACCCUCGCCGGUGCUGUGAAUUGGCGGCCAAGAUCACAGCCUUGGGGAGGGAGAGCGAGCGGAACCGGCUGUGCAUUGUGUCAUGCGGUUCGGGCCGCAUCCUGUCCAACUCUUUUCGUGAACUGGCCAGGGGAUCGGCUGCUGUAAACUCAACAACAGGAGUCAUGGAAGAGAUCCUAUCGGCACUCGUCGGUUUAUUUCCUCUCGACAGCGAGGCCCAUGGGCACGUAGGAGCCCCCGAGUCUCUAGAAUCCAUCGUUUCGAUCCUGAAAACCGGGGAUUUGGCAGGAAAGCUUAACGCGGCGCUGGUGCUAAAAGAGCUUGCUGCUUCCCUGGACGCGGAGCAAAUCAAUGCCGUGGCGGAGACCGAUGGAUUGAUUGAAGCACUGGUGAAGCUCGUCGAGAAGCCCGUUUCACCUCAAACCACAAAGACCUCGUUGGUGACCACCUUCUAUUUGGUUUCCUCUAACGAGAGUACUGCGGCAAAAUUUGUGGACAUGGGAUUGGUCUCUGUGCUUCUAGAGAUCCUCGUCGACUGGGAAAAGAGCAUGUAUGAGAAGGCCUUGGGAGUCCUCGAUGCUGUUCUUGAUUACAGGAGAGGCAGAGAGAUGGCUUACGGUCAUUCUCUAACGGUGCCCGUUUUGGUUAAGAAGAUGUUUCGGGUCUCGGACAUGGCUACAGAGUUCGCAGUCUCGGCUCUCUGGAAGCUCGGCAAGAAUUACAAGGAGGAGGGAGGGGAGAGAGCAGGGGAAGAAGGGUUCUUGGUGCAGGCUCUGGAAGUGGGGGCCUUCCAGAAGCUAUUGCUUCUACUGCAGGUCGGCUGCAGUGGGACAACCAAGGAGAAGGCAAGCGAACUGCUGAAGCUUUUGAAUGGCUCCAGGGAAAGGGUGGAAUGCACCGAAACUGCGGAUUUUAAAGGGCUCAAGAGACCUUUUUAAUUGUUACAGGAGAACAAAAGUAUAUGAAACAAAAGAACAAGCAGUUUCUUUCUUCUU